AACAAGGCAGUCAAAAUACUUAGUCAUGUUGUCAGUGCAACAGUGUACACUGUAAGUAUAUUCUGAUGGAAACUAGCUAAGCUUUUGAUUACAAGAACGCUGCACAUUCUGUGGCAUAUCAAUUGAAACGCCACGAUGCCGAUCUUUAUUCUGGAUCUGCUGCACCUAAACUAAGACUGAAGACUGAAUUAAAUUGUUAGUGUGAAGGCUUUACAUGAUUUUAUGAUUAAUGAUUGGGGGAUUGGCCUGGGCUUGCUGACACUGCUGGUGAACAUGAAGGGGCAACAGAAAAGUCCAGAUUCUGAUUGCAAUGUUCCUGUAAUUGAAGAAGGUAAUCUUGAACCACUGAACCAGUAUAUAAGAGCCGUCGCUACCGCUGAGGACCCAUCCGCAAUUGCAACUAUUCAAUCCGCUGCUACAUUUUCAUCUGAGCAGCCCAUUAAAUACCUCUUCAAGACGGAGGGAGCUGGGGGGCAGGUAGGGGAACUGUACCCUCCCAUCGGGCAGGUGACGUACCGGGUAAUUCAGGUUGCAGACGGGCAGUUGGAGGCUCAAACCGAUGGCACCACGGCUGUUAGCGUAGUGGCUGGGUUUCCUGCUACAACGCAGCCUGUUACACAGGCUGUGUUCUCUCAGUCCGAGGGCUUAGAAGGAGACGGGACAGAAACUCACUACACCUAUUACCCUGCCACUAUUUCGGAUGCUGGUACAGGCACCAUGGUCACCGGGGUACAGACUUCUGACACAAUCCUUAGCCAGAGCGCACCUGCAGGACAGUUAUAUGUGAUGAUGUCACCACAGGAAGUUUUGACAGGAGCAACCCAGAGGUCUAUUGCACCUCGCACACAAACUUGCACCGCUAAGUCAGAGGCACCAAGAACUUCCAGAGAUGAGAAACGGAGAGCACAACAUAACGAAGUCGAACGAAGGCGCAGAGAUAAAAUUAACAACUGGAUUGUUCAGCUGUCUAAGACGAUUCCAGACUGUACGCUGGAUGCCACCAAAACGGGACAAAGCAAAGGUGGGAUCCUAUCGAAAGCCUGUGAUUAUAUUCAAGAGCUGAGACAGAGUAACAGUCAAUUAGCAGAGGAGCUCAACACACUGGACAGGUUAAGGAUGGAUAACCAGCUUUUACGACAAGAAAUGGAGGACUGGAAAUCAAAGAAUCAGAUUUUAAGAAACCAACUCAGACAGCAUGGUAUCGUGGCAGCAUCAAGCGCUGACUCCCAGUGAUGAGGUGUUGGAGUGUAAAAUUAUGUCCACGACCCAUAGCGGAGGUUUUAUCAUGAAGCUAAAACGUUGUUAAUCAGCAUAUUCUGCUGAAAUUAAGGCCAUAACAGCAACCAUGGACAUUGCUUAAUGCAGCAUUUCUCAGACUCUUAUACUUUUACUGGAUCUUGCUUUAUUAUGUACAUAUUUGUUUUGUACACACGUUUUUUUACUUGACCUGAAUAUUGGUUUGUUUUUAUGUAUCAGUAAAAGCCGCAGAUAAAGACUUCAUUAAUUUUUUUCAUACAUUAGUCUGUAUCCUGUGGAAGGUAAUUAUUUUUGCAUGUUCUACUUUUUCAUUGGAAAAAACUAAGAGUUUGUGACUUCAAUUACGACAACUGAAUAGUUUCUGGUAAUUUGCAAAAGGAUUCUGUAUUAUAUAUAAUACAUUUCAUUAUACAUAUGUAUUUGAAAUAAAUACUUAGGAACAUAACUGUGGCAGUUUGUCUUGGUAGAUUUUUCAUCUGGAAACGAUAUACACCGAUCAGCCAUAACAUUAAAACCACCUCCUUGUUUCUAUACACAAUGUCUGUGUUGUCAGCACUUGUAGUUCUACAAUUACUGACUGUAGUCCAUCUGUUUCUCUGCAUGCUUUGUUAGCCCCCUUUCAUGCUGUUCUUCAAUGCUCAGGACCCCCACAGGACCAGAACAGAGCAGGUAUGUCACUGCAGUGACACUGACAAGGUGGUGGUGUGUUAGUGUGUGUUGUGCUGGUAUGAGUGGAUCAGACACAGCAGCGCUGCUGGAGUUUUUAAUGUUUGACAUUACGAGAUUUUUUUACUUCUAAAACUAAAGCAAUUAAUUUUUCACCCACGGGAGACACGCUCACACGCACGUUUAAUGUUAUUUAGUUCCGUUUGACAAAAAAAACCCUUCAAAAUAGAGCUAACAGCGAAGAUAACCGGUUACAAAAGCAGCGACCGCUGUUAUAGGACGUGUUUGUGUUCAAUACUCUGUUCACAGUGUCGAUACAAGUGAUUCAGGAGUCGACUCAUUUUAAGCACAGCGUAAGUUUCUUUUCUCAGUCAAUUCUCCGUUUUUACUGUUAUAAUGAAUGUUGCGGUUGUAAAUAAACACCAA